CUGGAAGACGCGGUCAUUACUGAAUCGUGCUUAUAGGAUUAGUCGUGCUUUCCAAAUGCGAGCAGUCUGCGCAUGGGGUUGCAAUUUUUUUCUGAAACCACCUCCAGCAAAAUCCAGAAAAAUCCAGCAAAAUGAAAUCGGAAGAUUCAGCAAUUCAGAAAAUUUCAGCAAAUUUGAGAAAAUGUGAUAUCCGUGACUAGAUUUUCAGCACCGGUCAGAAAAAAUGAGAAUCGAUUGAGCAUUCAUCAGCAACAACACAACAGCAACAAGCAACAAGCAACAACAAAGACUCGCUACUACUACUACUACAGCAACAGGACGAUGCCCUCGAAGCAUGAUGAUGAGGACGAUGGAAAGUGGGAGAGCAGUGAAGCAAAAAUGCUGCUUCGUGAAGGUAUUAUCAGUGGUGACAUUUCUGCGGGGCUCGGCCCAACUGCUGUGUAUGAAAUGAAUGAUGAAUACAAAAAAUUCCCAUUCCACAGAUUCCAAGCAAACUUUUACACUCUUCGUGCUAAGAUUCAGGCGGACUAUAAUCGUGUGGUGUCCGAUUCAGUGGCAUAUGGCCACGAUAUUGCUCUUGUGGCUGAGUUGCGGACGGAGAAUCCUCCUCGUGACUUGGGAUAUCCUAAUUGGGGCACUCACGCGGCAAAGAAGCUUUUGAAGGCGGAUGUUGACCAGGACAAGCAAUUUGAUUUAAAGCCUUCGGAGCUUUGGGAGACCCGUCCUGAAUACAAAGAGUUUCCAUUGGAAGUCUUUCGCAAGCAUAUCUAUCAAGAGGUUGACUCUCGGGUGUCUCGGGCGGCAAGAUUCUCAAAGAAAAAGAUUCGACAAAAAUUCAACAUCCAACCCAGAGAGACAGUGCUAAAUGCAGAUACCAUUGCUUACAUGGAAGCAAAGCAAUCGGAAGAAAACCAGUCUAAUUAGCUUGUAAAUCGAAACUAAAUAUCACUGUCUCGUUGCUUGUCAUGAG